AUGGGUUUUAUUUGGCCCUCCAAGAACGAUGAUCAAUCUGUGGACUCCAGAACAUCAAGAAAUCAUCUUGAUACUGACCAUGCAGAAGAAAAUGAACGGACCCAGCUACUGCGACCAUCAUCUCAGUCAAACUAUUUGAGCCCAGAUGAUCCAGCAGUCACGCCGUUUAACCUAUGGCGAGUGCGGUACCUUCGAUAUCUCUCAUUUAUUUUUACCAUUUUAACAUUUUUCUGGUGGAUUCUACUUUUCAUCGCAAUAUUUGUUACACCCCCAGGUAUGAUUUAUAGAGGCUCCGGAUUCUUCGGUUUUGCCUUUACAACUUUGGCAUUAUCUCUAUUACUUGUUAUUUUACUUUUUUUUUCUACGCCAUCAAAAGCAGCGCAAGUAACUUCUCUAAUCAUGUCGACAAUAUUAUUAUUUGAUAUGAUUAUGAUAGUAGCUGUUCCAAAAAUUCGAAUGGAAGAAGGCUGGGCCGGACUUGCAAGUAUAAUCUGGGCACUGAUGAUGAGCAUCUGGACAAUAUGUACAAAUCAUAUUGUUACCGGAGGAAAGUAUGAGGAAGAGGAGCGUUUGACAGGUCGAUCCGAAACUCGACGUUCAUUGAUUGAAUGGUUUGGUGUUUUCACAUCCACGGUGGUCUUGAAUAUUGUUUCCGUAGUAGUUUUACUCUUAUCUUGCAACUUGAUACUGCGCUCACACGACUCAUCACUUCACCAUCCCGGAGAACGUUACUUCGUGGAUGGAAAUAAGUACAAAAUUCACCUAUUUUGCUCAUCAAACAAGAACAGUGUUGACUCAAGCGGUUACCGGCCCCCAACUGUCCUAUUUGAAGCAGGUGCGGAUGCAUUUGAGGAAAGUAUGAUUCAAAUUGCAACAAACAGUUUUGCAAACGGUAGUAUAAGCCGUUAUUGUUACUGGGAUCGACCAGGAUUCGCAUGGUCAGAUAACGCACCUUCUCCAUUUUCCGCCGGAAAUUCCGCUGAUAUCCUAUAUGAGGCGCUGGUUCGUGCCGGAGAAGAAGAAUCUCUGAUACUAGUUUCUGCAGGUAUUGGGAGCAUCUAUAGUCGUGUAUUCUCAGCACGACACGGAGAUCGUAUCAAAGGAUUAUUGAUGAUUGAUCCUCUGCACGAAGAUCUUUUGCAUCGUGUCGGCUCUCCAUUACGAGGAUUCAAACUUUGGGCUCGAGGCAUUUUGUCACCGCUUGGGCUAGACCGAGUUCCUGCCGCUAUACUUAGACGUCGGUCUCGCGAAGAUCGGAUAUAUGGACGUUCAGCUUAUCAGAGUGGGAAAUACAUCAAAGCUAAGCUCCAAGAGUCUUUAACGGCAGAAUCAACUACCCGUAGUGAAGUGAUUAGUGCGAGGUCUCUUCAAAACGAAAGCGUACCGUUGGUACUCAUAAGCUCAGGCAUGCAGAUGAAGCAUGAUACUGAAUGGGAGACAAAGCAACGCGAUCUUAGCCUUGUGACCAAGAAUUUAAUCGGCUGGGAUAUUGUAGAUGCACCCUCUAAGGUCUGGAACACGAUUGAGGGACGAAACGUCAUCGAAAGGAGGUUGAAAGAUUUGUUGAGGUUUGAUGACAAGGAUAUAGGUUGA